UAUUACAAAUGUUCAGCCAGUCUGGAUUCACUGUUUUUUCAGUUUGACAAUUAAAAUGCUUCAAUAAGUGAAUUGAGAAUUAUUUGCUAUUAAAUAAGUUUUAAGAUUAUUAAGCUAAAUGUUCAUGAUUUGUGACAAAUCAAUGUAAUUGUUGAAGUUCAAUGACCAAGUGAUAAAUAUGUCGAAGUUGAAAUUUGACACUUUUCGGAUAUUAAAGAUUUUUAUUGUCCAUAUAAUUCUGUCAGCUGUUCUAAACAAUGUUCAAGCUACGGAGAUCACUGAAUCUACUUGGAUGUUGGAUCACUCUAUGGGAUUUCCAGUUAACAUUCCUGUUUUAACUUGCCGAACAAAAUAUAUUGAAUAUGAAGAAAUCCGAUGGUACAAAGACCACAUACUUGUACAGAGAGGUCCCAAGACUCAUUUUUCUAGCCAUAUGUUAGUUCUCAGUGAUUUAUUAAAAAAUGAGUCCAAACUGCAUUUUGAUAAUCCUUUAAAACUUCAAGGAUAUUACUGGUGUGAGACAGACUACAUAAAUGCCUCUGUGGUACAUAAAUACUUGUUUAGAAUCGCAGAAAUCAAAACAUACGCUGGGAAAUUUAUUUCCACAAAAGAUUCUUUUGGAGAUGAUGACACUCUCAGUUUGAAAGCAAAAAUAGCAAUUAAGAAGAAAAUAUACGAAGAAGAAAUGCAAGAAAUACUUUUUGGUUUUCUAGCGUCGCCAAAUAAUUUUGUGACAGAUAUUUUAAAAAGAAAAAAUGGGUUGCAAGUACAGUUUUAUUUGUACGUUCGUCGAGUUUUACAUCCUCGGCAACCUUUUGAUAACGAACUUGUAGAAGACCAGGCUGAAUGGCAGUUUAUUUUGGAGUACUUAAACAAUGACACUUCUGCAAUUGACGAAGUGCAUUAUCAGCAGAUUCUUGACUGGACAACUUUUAGAGGAAUAAAUAUAAAGAAUAUAAUGAUCUACAGCACAUUGGGUUGUUAUGAAGAUAAAACUCUGAUACCUGGGAAAAGCCAUUCGGAGCCGCCAAGAGAAAUUUCGUGGCCUUUUGCACGCUUAGGAGAGGUUGUUAUUCCUAAUGAAGCCUGCUCUUCAAAAAAUGGAUUGGCAGUGACGCGCUUAUGUGGCGGCAAUUUUUAUAUUGGCGCUCGUUGGGGCAAUCCAUAUGGCAAGUGCGAAGUGUCUCCUUCCAAACUAACUUUGGCAUUGAAGGAGCUAUAUGACAAAUUCGGGGACGAUCCUAAGCCGACUUAUAUUCAUGGAUUACAAAAUCUGACACAUAAUGUAACUCAGCUGACAGUCCCGGAUGUGCACAUCAUACUUGAUAUUCUAACAGAACUAUCUGCGGUUCCGGAACUUACAUCUGAGGAAAUAGAUGAAACAUUUACUGUGAUUGACAGAAUAAAUAGUCUGAACGAAAGUGAAAUGGUAUCAGCAAAAGGAACGAUUAAAUUUACAAGCAGAUUGCUGAGAGUAAUUGAUAACAUAUUGAGGUUUGCAACUGAAAAGAGUAAAGAAGUUUUUGUGAGUAAAAAAGGCUUCCUGGUUGAUACUAAGAGCACCAAAGUAAACACCGAUGUAGAAGAUCACAUUAUUGGAAUUGCCGUAUUACCUUCAGGCCAUGCAAAUACUCUAGAAAAUUCUACUGUCAAAUUCCUCUCGACCAGUUCAAAUAAUCCAAAAGAUAUCAGUUUGGCUUAUUUUCUGCUGCCACCGGAGCUGGUCAUAGAGAGAGAAAAAGAAACAGCUUCGGAAUACCCCUGUCAGAUUAAUGUAGUACUUUUCAAAGACUGGUCUUUAUUUCCAAAACCCACAGAGGUGUUACAUAAAAGAAAUUACAGAAUUAUACCAACCCCUGUGAUGUACGUCUCUCUGUCGGGUGGACCGGCCUGGAAUUUGUCAUCUCCAGUGCAUUUGUACUUUAAAAAUACACAUGACAAGAAAAUAGAGAAACCCGUCUGUGUGAAUUUUGACCCUAGAGUGAAUGAUGAGGACGGUGGAUGGGGUACGGAAGGAUGCGAGUACGGAGGACUCAAAGAUGGUUUCUAUAUAUGUCGUUGUCGCCAUUUGUCUAUAUUUGCAGUGGUCUUAUCAGAAAAGUAUGAUACUAGUGCUUUCAACUUUCGCCUCGGUACAUCUGUUUAUGUCGGAUGUGCUGCAUCGAUUGUUGCUUUGUCACUUACCAUCCUGUUGUAUUUCUUAUCAAAAAUAUGGCGAUGCACUCUUGAUCAUUCUGUUCUGUUCUGGCUGGCUGUAAGCUUACUUUGCUGUAUAAUACUCAUAUUCGUCAGUGAAAUGAAGUUCAAAUGGAAACCGGGAUGUUUGCUGAUGAGCUUGCUGUUGCAUUAUUUCAUAAUUGUGACAUUUGGCUGGCUGCUCGUUCAAGCUGUGAUGAAUAGACUGCGCUUUGCAAACAAAACGGACAUGGACGAAGUGCCUCACUUUCUCUUGAAGGCUUUCUUGAGUGUCUGGAGUGUGCCGAUUCUCAUAAUGAUCAUUAUUUGGCUAACUAAAGAUUACCAUUAUCAAGAUCAUAAUAAUUGCUGGAAAACAAUAUCGGAAGUUUCUUAUGCUGCCGUGAUUCCUAUUGUAGUAAUCAUUUUUAUUACAAUUUGUUUGAACAUGUGCGCUAUCUACGCAGUAUCAUGCCGCUUUAAGAAGGAUUUCUUAAUUGGAAACUCGAUUUACAAAGAAUCUGUUGUGAAAUUUAGAGUUGCUGUCACAAUAUUCUUAUUCUUUGUUUUGACCUGGUUGUUUGGAUUUUUCGCCUUGAACCAAAAGUCUAAAGAAUUGAGGAUCCUGUUCGCUAUAAGCGUCAGUUUAACAUCGUAUUAUGUAGCUCUGUUUUUUAUCUUUCAUGAAGUUUCCUUCUGGGAGUUGUGUCAAAAAUGGCGAAAGGACAGGAAUAAGGAAAAAUCUGGUGAGACAGUAUCAUACGUACGAGCAAGCCAACCCCAAGAAGACCAACAAUUCAACAUUCCAGAAUAAAGCAAUUGAAAAGACCGAAUACUUAAUUUACCAUCUUUAUUAAUAUACUGUUUUCAUAACAGACAGAUUAAUUAUUAUUUUAUACAUUAUAUGCAGUUUGAGAUAUUUAAAUAAAUAAUUAUUAGAAUACUUA